AUGUUGACAGCAACUGCACAUAUAAUUACUGCUGUGAUUGGGUCGGGUGUAUUGUCUCUAGCUUGGGCCAUUGCUCAAUUGGGUUGGGUUGCUGGGCCCAUUGCCUUGUUGGCGUUUUCAGUUAUUACAUGGUUUACAUCUAUACUAUUGGCUGAUUGCUACCGAUCCAGUGAUGGUACAAGAAAUUACACUUACAAAGAGGUUGUCAAAUCCCAUCUAGGAGGAUUGAAUAUUCAGCUUUGUGGGAUUGCACAAUAUAGCAACCUUGUUGGAAUAACUAUUGGAUACUCUAUCACAGCCUCUAUCAGCAUAGUGGCCAUCAAGAGAUCAAACUGUUUCCACCAGAAUGGGCAUGAAGCUGGCUGUCACAUAUCAAACAAUCCUUACAUUAUGACUUUUGGAUUAAUACAAAUAGUUCUCAGCCAAAUACCAAACUUUCAUGAGCUAUCAAUUCUUUCUUUUGUAGCAGCUGUUAUGUCUUUUGCUUACUCCUCCAUUGGCCUUGCUCUCUCCAUAGCCAAGAUUGCAGAAGGAGGAAAUGUGGAGAGCAGCCUCACCGGAAUACCGAUUGGAGACAAAAUGUCGGGCAUGAAUAAGAUGUGGAGUACCUUUAACGCCCUUGGCAACAUUGCAUUUGCUUAUGCUUUCUCUACUGUCCUUAUAGAGAUACAGGACACGAUAAAAGCAGGGGUGUCUGAGAGCAAAGUAAUGAAGAAGGCUACUUUAAUUGGAAACUCAAUCACUACAGUCUUUUAUAUGCUAUGUGGUGUUCUGGGAUAUGCCGCGUUUGGCAAUGACGCGCCUGGAAAUUUCUUGACAGGAUUCGGAUUCUAUGAGCCAUUUUGGCUCGUCGACAUUGCUAAUCUUUGUAUUGUAAUUCAUCUCGUUGGAGCUUACCAGGUGUUUGCACAACCGAUAUUCGGAUUAGUAGAAAAAUGGAGUAAAGAAAAAUGGCCAGAAAGUGGAUUUAUUGUGGGGGAAUACCCUUUAGCAUGUGGGAAGUUCAACUUGAAUAUGCUGAGGCUUGUGUGGAGAAGUUUUUACGUGAUAUUCACAACCGUUUUUGCUAUGCUAUUCCCAUUCUUCAACAACUUUGUGGGACUCUUAGGAGCGGCUUCUUUCUGGCCAUUGACCGUUUAUUUCCCAAUAGAGAUGUACAUUGCGAGGUCGAAAAUCCCCAGAUUUUCCUUUACGUGGAUUUGGAUGCAGAUACUGAGCGGCAUUUGCCUCAUCAUAUCACUACUUGCGGCUGCUGGGGCUAUUGAAGGACUCGUGGAGUCACUCAAGACUUUCAAGCCAUUUCAUUCAGUUUCAUAA